UGGCGCCAUUUUUGUUCUAAAAUCGAAAAAGUUUUGUUUUUCCAACUUUUGUGAUAAUUCUAAGCGAUUUGAGGAAAAUGAGCUAAGGCAAGGGGAUCCUGCGAAAGAUAAUUUGUAGAGUGGGAGUCGAAACGUGUAUACCUCUAAAGAUGGAUGAAACUGCUAAUGUUGAGGAGUCUGACAUACCUCAAAAGGACACUUCCCAGCGGAGCAUAACAGACUUUUUUACAUCCCCAAAGCAGAAGACACAAAAGCCAAAGUCAAGUACAAUUGAUGGAUACUUCACUUCAUUGUCAAAGAAAAAAUUGAGUACUGGGGAUGAUCUGGAAACUAAAGGCCAACAAAAUCAGAGUGAAAAGGGGAAAAGUGAAACAUUGAAUAACAAAUCUCUGAAAAAGAAAAUAGAAGGACAAGAUGGUAUAACAACUGAAAGUGUUGUAAAAAAGAGUAAAACAAACUCAGAUAAGAAGCCAAAUAAAAGUAAAAAGGAUAAAACUGACCAAGAUGAUGCCACUAUCAAGAAAGAGGGUAUUGAUAUCAAGAAAGAUGAUACCAAAACUAAGAAGGUUAAAGGGAAGGCAAACAAGUUGUCAACAAAACAAAAAAGGAAAGAUGAUAUCAAUGAGGAGAAACCAGUUAACAAUCACUUGACUGAUGACUCCAAGGCUGAUGACAACACAAAUAUCGAUAAAACCUUAGUAAAUAAAUCCAAUGAUCUAGAUUUAACACAUGAUAAAAGUAUGAUUGAAAUUAUUGAUAUUCCAGAUGUACUUGAAGAUGAUAGUAUUAAGAAAAAUGACAUAACAAAUAAUUGUAGUACUGAUGUUGGAGAUACAUCCAUGGAAAUGAGUUAUGAGGAGUUUCUAAAGACUCCAACCAGAAAACCAAAAAAUAAAAAGACUUUGGAAAAGACUGAACCUAGUGCUGAUAAUGAUUGCAGAAUGUUUGAAGAAAAGACUGGAUCAGGUGACCAAAACUCGAAAAAUUUCAAAAAUGUAAAAACUGAAACAGGUUUCCGUUUGAAAUCUGAUACACAGUUAAACCUAGGGAAUGCUAACCUCAAGGAUCCAUUAAAUUAUGGGGAGAGUGAUCUUGAUCCCGAUUUGAUAAGAUUAAUAGAAAAAGAUGAUCAUAAAACUCCAAGCAUUAAGAACUUCUUUAAAAAGGUCUCACAGAAACCAACUGAGAAAGUAGAAUCUCGAAGUGGAACUCCCAAUACAGUCACUACCAAAGCGGUUGUCCAUACUUCACCAACAAACUCUCCAGAAUCACGUCCCCAAUCCCGAAUGAGUUUGGAUCGUCCUCUCAGCCCAGAAUCAGUCCAUUCAAAUGUCUCAGUCGGGAGAAGCAAAAUAGACUUGAGUAUCACCCAGCUCGGGUCUGAGAUAAUUAACGCUGCUAAUGUAAAAGAUGAGGAAACAAGCCCAUCGGGAAAGAAAUUGAUUGAAAAUAUGGAUGAUUACAAUGAGGAGGAACUAUCAUGUGAUGAUCAAGUCCGUUUAUUUAACAAUAAAUUCAAUGGGGAAAACACUGAAGAUGUCAAACCGAAGAAAUUAUCUGACUUUUUCACAUGCGGAAUAAAUAAAGAUGUGAAACCAAAAGUAGAGGAAAUUGAGAAAGUGACAGCACCAAGUAAAACUAAGCAAGCAACAUUAGGAUUCAGAAAAGAUGGUGGAUUUGAAGUAAAGAAAGCAGAAACAACAAAACUGAAAAAGAAAACUGACAAUUCAGACAGAUCUGAAAAGGAUACUAUAGAAAAUAAACCAAAGAAAAGAGGAAGGCCAAAGAAAAUCAAAGAAGAAAACUCAGGUAGUGAAGUGUCCAAAAGUAAAGAAAAUAUUGAGACUGAAAAACCUCAAAUAUCAGGCAAACGGAAAUCAAAACGGAUACUUGAGAAGGAAAGUGAAAGUAGCCAAGAAAGGAGUGACAUUGAGGAGUUCAGUACACUAUCUAAGAGUAAAAAGAGACGGAAAACAUACAAGAUGUGUUACAUAGAUGACCCCAACAGGACACCUCUUAGAGUGAGAAUUUCCAGGCUUAACAAGAGCUCGUCUCAAGAUGAGGCUGAUGCUAAACCAGUACAACAAACCAGUCAACAAAAGAAAGCUAACAAACUGCUACAGAAGGCAAAGUCAAGCAAGCAGAGCAAGUUAAAAGUGAAGCACACAUCAAAAAAUAAGAAGACUAAGGUGGAGAAAGAGGGAAAAUCAUCUAAAUCUCAAAGAAAAUCUGUAAAAACUGACAUACCUCCUAAUGUUCCACGAACUCCAAAACACAAGAAAGCUAAUCCCAAUUCUAGUACACCCAAGAGCUCUUCCAAGAUGACAGCCAAAAGAUCUACCCCUGCAAAGAAAGGAGUCAAGCUAGCUUCUAUAUUUUUGAAGAAGCCAAAAACUUCCCCAACGACAAAUGAACUUCUCCAAAUAGUUGACCCAGAAGUUGUGAAAGAGCGUCAAGCAUUUCUGUUGAGUGGGGUGCCCGAGGAAAUCAAGAAACAGCAAACAAGCAGUACUGUAAUAUCCACCACAGAGUUCCAGGCUUUUUCGAUGGUUGACCAUAUUCAACAACGUCCCCUAGAAGGAGACUCAUUAUGGGAUCUUUCAAGUCCAAGGCUUAAUCUUAAAGCUGUCGAAGAUACUAAAAUCCAACCUAGUAAGACUCUCACCAAGGGGCAUGUCAGCCUAUCAUGUUGCGAUGAUAAUAGAGAUUGCAGAGUUAACAUUAACUUUUGUGAACACCCGGCUAUAUCAGACAGUACCAGAGAUGUGCUUUUAAGUGAAAUAAAGCGUAGACAACCAGACUUACCUGUUAAACGACUUUACAAACUUUUCACUAGUAGAUACAAGCAGAAUGAGGACUUUGGGAAUUGCAACAACACGGAGGAUGCUUAUGAUGCAAAACCUGGUGAAAAGAGAAAGUUAAAAGAAGACCAGCCAAUCACAAAUAAACGCAAGAAACUUUCCACGUCAAAGAAAAAGUCAGGACAGGGAGAAGAAGCUCUUCCAAGGAGAAGCAGUAGACGCAGUCUCAACAAUAUGGAUUCUGAGGUGGUUCCCACUAAAGAGAAAGAUCCUGAGAAGGCCACACAAGACAAAUAUGCUGUGAGCGAUGCAGAAAAUACAAUAAAAGGUGUAACAAAGGAACCAAGUCCAGAAGAACUGAGUAAGAGGACCAUGCAUUGGACAGAGAAGUAUCAACCCAGUAAGGCAACUGAGAUCAUUGGCCAGCAACACAAUGUAAAGAAACUGAGUCGAUGGCUCCAAGAGUGGAAAGAACGGACUAACAAGGAGGCAAAGAAAUUGAAGAUUCAACUAUUGAAGGAAGCGAAAAAAGCAGGGAAGAACAAGGAACAAAUUAAAGCCGAGGCUGGAGACGCUUGGGACGAUGACUCAGACUUUGACAUAGAUGCCAGCUACAGCGAGGGAAGUGAUGGGGAAGAAGAGGAAGAUGAUGGCCUCUGUAACACUACAGUCAUCUGUGGACCACAUGGCAUUGGAAAGACAUCAGUUGUGUAUGCAUUGGCACAGGAUCUUGGAUACAAGGUGUUUGAAGUGAAUGCAUCAUCAUGUCGUAACGGAAAACGUGUGAUGUCACAACUACAGGAGGCGACACAAUCCCACCAGGUCUCAAAGAAUCAUCUUGAGAAAAGUUUCAGUUUCAACAGUACCAGCGGAAAAUCAAACUCACAAGAUACCUCCACAAAGGCAGCGCCCCCUGCUGCAGGGACACAAUCAGUGGCCAACUUCUUCACCAAGAAAAUACCCAGUAUUAACACUGAAAAAGCACCACCAAAGAAAAGAGGAAGGAAACCCAAAGAAGAGAGCCCAGUGAAACAAAAGAAGGAGAAAUCACAUAAGAAGUCCAGUGUUGGAGGAGGACUGACUAACAAGCAGGGUCCAACAUCUCUAAAAGGCCUUAAUCUGUCAAGUGUUUCUUUGAUUCUCUUUGAGGAGGUUGAUGUAGUGCUGGAGGAAGACAAAGGAUUCCUAGCUGCAGUCCAGCAGUUCAUCGUUGGAACAAAGAGACCAAUCAUCAUGACUACUAGCGACCCCUAUUUUAGCAGCAAGCUCGACAGACGAUUUGAGGAGUUGAAAUUCAGACAGCCUUCUUUUAAUUUAGUCGCCAGUUACUUGCAAACAUUGAGCUUAGCGGAAAAUUUCCUCGUCGAUAAUGAUGCGCUAUGUUCGCUAGUGGAAUUAAACAGAGGUGAUAUCCGGAAAAGUAUACUCGCUACUCAGUUUUGGGCUGAAUCAGGGGGUGCUCUUACAGACAAUACACAGCCAUAUGUACCUUCGGCAGAGACUCAUAAUGCAAAAAUUGUUGUAGAUGAAAACAAGGAGAUUGAAAAGGUGGAUGACCAUUUAGCAAACACUACAGAGGAGAGUGACGAUGAUUUCCAGUUAGCACCAAGGACUAGACGCAAACCUAGAAAUUUGAAAAUAAUGGAUGAAUCCUCUUGUGAUAAUAUCUUAGAUAGUCCAGUGAAAACACCCCAGAGUUCAGAUGCAAAGCCUGCACUUGGAGGUACAAAUGCAGCCUCUAUAAAUGCCAGUAUGAAAACUCUGCCUGGAGAAAUGGAUGCUUUAGGACAUAGUUGUUGUGUGGAGAGUCUACUAGGAAUGACUAGUGUAUAUGCGGGGAAACCUCAGUCUACUUUUAAUGCCAUACAGAAUCCAGACAUGUUUAGCGCAUCAGAGGCUUUGAAUCAGAUGUCAAACGUAAGAGGGAAUUUAAUGUACAAUAAUCUCUACAGUCUUCUACCUCUGCCAACCCAACUGGUGUCUAGAGACAAAUACAGAAUACUAGACCCUUCCCAGGUCCUACAGAGAUCUAGGAUUAGAGAUAAUAGUGAUAUAUUUGAAAGUGAUAGCGAAAAUGAACAAGAGUUUGAUACUUUAAAAAACAAGGGGGUUUGUGAUACAGAAAAAUGCAGUGACGUGAAAGAGGGUAAUAUUGCAGUGAAAAUUGAUAUUAAAUCAACCCCAGGUGACAUACACAAGAAAAGGCUUGUAUCGAACUCAUUAGAUUCAAUAUCUAAAUUAUUGGAUACAUUAUCAUAUAUGGAUAGUUUCACUACGCCACCAGACACAAAUAAAAUACAUGGGAGUAAAUUAUGGAAUUCUGACUCUGUUAUCCUACAAGGGGGACUCUUAGAUGAGCUUCCUGCAAUUGGGCACAGCAAUGAUUUAGCUAGGGAUAUCAAUUCAACAAUAGAGGUGAUGAGUCUAAAGAAAUGCUCAGCCACAAUGAUAGGAGUGUUAAAACAAUGUGAGGGCAAAGAUGAUGUUCUAGAGAGACUAACAUUGCCAGUGGUGACAGAAAACAGAUUGUCAUUUUCUAGUGGUUUAAUCAAAGAUAGUUGGGGAUCUGUCAAUAUGAAGAUGCAUUCCAACAUAACUGAAUGUCUUCCUCUGGGGACUGAUCAUUCUGUGAUCUCCACAGACUACACACCAAUACUGAGGCUUAUUUGCAAGACAGAGCAAUGCAGACAAGCUGCUAAAUGUAAAAGAAGGUUCUUUCACUAUUUAGAGCAGAUCCAAAUAUAUUUGAGACAGUCCACCAUUGACAAUCUCUGUGCUACUUGAUAAAGAAAUUGAAAUAAUGAUUAUUAUACUCACAUCUUGGGAGUAUUUGUGCAAAUUUCAAGUGUAGUUAUAGUACAGUACAUCGAAAUACAUUGCAGUACAGUACAGUACAGUACAGUACAGUACAGUACAGUACAGUACAGUACA